ACGGUCGACCGGCGUGGGACCCGGCCAAUCACCGUUUGGGGCGGGCGGGCCCGUGGCACAACGGGCCUUGUAGUCCCGCGGGCGGGACUACCGCACCCAUAGUGCCCCGCGCGGCGGGGAGCGCAUUGCGGCUGCGCGGCGGCCCAGGCGCCGUCGGGCUGGGCGGUGGCUAAGCGGAUGGGAUUCCGGCCUGAACCCCGGUGGAAGCGACGCGAGCCGGGCUACGGCCACCAUGUCGGCACCGUCCGAGGAGGAGGAGUACGCGCGGCUGGUGAUGGAGGCGCAGCCCGAGUGGUUGCGCGCCGAGGUGAAGCGACUGUCGCACGAGCUGGCCGAGACCACGCGCGAGAAGAUCCAGGCGGCCGAAUAUGGUCUGGCGGUGCUCGAGGAGAAGCACCAACUCAAGCUGCAGUUCGAAGAGCUGGAGGUGGACUACGAAGCCAUCCGUAGCGAGAUGGAGCAGCUCAAGGAGGCAUUUGGCCAGGUGCACACGAACCACAGGAAGGUGGCUGCGGAUGGCGAGAGCCGGGAGGAGAGUCUGAUCCAGGAGUCGGCCUCUAAGGAGCAGUACUACGAGCGCAGGGUGCUGGAGCUGCAGACGGAGCUGAAGCAGCUGCGCAACGUGCUCACCAACGCGCAGUCGGAGGGCGAGCGCCUGGCCUCCGUGGCGCAGGAGCUGAAGGAGAUCAACCAGAAUGUGGAGCUGCAGCGGAGCCGCCUUCGGGACGACAUCAAGGAGUACAAGUUCCGGGAGGCCCGUCUGCUGCAGGACUACUCGGAGCUGGAGGAGGAGAACAUCAGCCUGCAGAAGCAGGUGUCUGUGCUCAGGCAGAACCAGGUGGAGUUUGAGGGCCUCAAGCAUGAGAUCAAGCGUCUGGAGGAGGAGACAGAGUACCUCAACAGUCAGCUGGAGGAUGCCAUCCGGCUCAAGGAGAUCUCGGAGCGACAGCUGGAGGAGGCGUUGGAGACACUGAAAACGGAGCGGGAGCAGAAGAACAGCCUGCGCAAGGAGCUGUCGCACUAUAUGAGCAUCAACGACUCCCUUUACACCAGCCACCUGCAUGUCUCCCUGGAUGGCCUCAAGCUUAGUGAUGACGCGGAGGCCAUGGCGAAUGGUUUUGAGCACGGCAGCCUCGCCAAGCUGCCCCUGGACAACAAGGCCUCCACGCCCACCAAGGACGGCCUGGCCCCGCCCUGUCCCAGCCUCGUGUCCGACCUCCUCAGUGAGCUCAAUCUCUCCGAGAUUCAGAAGCUAAAGCAGCAGCUGAUGCAGAUGGAGCGGGAGAAGGGGGGCCUGCUGGCGACACUGCAGGACACACAGAAGCAGCUGGAGCAGGCAAGGGGGGCCCUGUCGGAGCGGCACGAGGAGGUGAGCCGCCUGACAGAGACCCUGAGUGCUCUGCAGCGCCUGCAGGCUGGCAAGGAGCGGCGCACAGCCCUGGACAGCGAGAAGGAGCGUGACAGCCACGAAGAUGGAGACUACUAUGAGGUGGACAUCAAUGGGCCCGAGAUCCUGGCCUGCAAGUACCGCGUGGCCCUGGCAGAGGCCACUGAGCUCCGGGAGCAGCUGAAGACUCUGUGCAGUGCGCACGAGGCCAGCGAAGCUCUGCACGCCGAGGAGAAGGGCCGGCAUGAGGCCGAAAGCCAGGCUCUCACUGAGAAGGUGUCCCUGCUGGAGAAAGCCAGCUGCCAGGACCGGGAGCUGCUGGCUCGGCUGCAGACAGAGCUGAAGAAAGUCAGUGAUGUCGCGGGUGAGACACAGGGCAGCCUGAGUGUGGCCCAGGAUGAACUGGUGACUUUCAGCGAAGAGCUGGCCAGUCUGUACCACCAUGUGUGCAUGUGCAACAACGAGACGCCCACCCGUGUCGUGCUGGACUACUACCGCGAGGGCCCGGCUGGUGCUGGCUGCUGCAGCCCCGAGGCCCGCGGCCGCCGCUCACCAGUCCUGCCCAAGGGGCUGCCAGCUACCGAGGGUGGAGCUGGGGACAGCAGCCCCGCGCCUGGCUGCUCGCUGCCCUCACCCCUGAGUGACCCGCGCCGGGAGCCCAUGAACAUCUACAACCUGAUUGCCGUAAUCCGCGACCAGAUCAGACACCUGCAGGCGGCUGUGGACCGCACCACGGAGCUGUCGCGACAGCGCCUAGCGUCGCAGGAGCUGGGCCCUGCGGCAGAUAAGGAUCGGGAGGCCCUCAUGGAGGAGAUCCUCAAGCUCAAGUCGCUUCUCAGCACCAAGCGGGAGCAGAUCACCACGCUGCGCACGGUGCUCAAGGCCAACAAGCAGACGGCCGAGGUGGCCCUCGCCAACCUGAAGAGCAAGUAUGAGAACGAGAAAGCCAUGGUGACUGAGACCAUGAUGAAGCUGCGUAAUGAGCUCAAAGCCCUCAAGGAGGACGCGGCCACCUUCUCCUCACUGCGCGCCAUGUUUGCCACCAGGUGUGACGAGUACAUCACGCAGCUGGAUGAGAUGCAGCGGCAGCUGGCAGCCGCCGAGGACGAAAAGAAGACGCUCAACUCCCUGCUACGCAUGGCCAUCCAGCAGAAGCUGGCGCUAACCCAGCGGCUGGAGCUGCUCGAGCUGGACCACGAGCAGAGCCGGCGGGGCCGUGCCAAGGCCACCCCCAAGGCCAAGCCCAGCACCCCGAGCCUGUAGAUUAGCUGCCGGGAGAACUCGGCCGCCGGCCCUGUCACACUGCAACCCCUCCCCUCCCCUCCCAUGGGCCCACGCAGAGGAAGGAAGGGCAGCCUAAAAGUCCACUUAGAAACGUUUUUGGAUAUGCCACUGCAAUUCUUUUUUAAAUAGCAUUCCCGAGUUUUUAAUGGCAGAGGAAAAAAGCUUUAAUGUUCAGAAAGCCACCAGCUGCUGCUCGAAGGGCCUUUGUACAGCGCUGAAGAACCUGCUGGGACAGCAACCGCCAGGCUCGCUUAGGAACCUGCUAGAAACGCUCACCACUGGGGUUUCCCUAUGACAGAUACUGCUUUUUCAUUUGAUCAACCUGUGCACUUUUGAUAUUUUGAUUAUAUUUGCUUAAUCCCUUGCAUAGAGACGGUCUCAGAUGCCGUGGUCUGUCUCGUGGUCCUGUAGCGCUCUGUCUUAGCUCCUGACGUGGUGAUCUGACGUUGGCACGUGGCACAGUUGUGUCCUAGUGUGUAGCUCUAGACUGUUUAGAUGAAGGCUUCGACCCAGCAAGGAGCUCGGCUAAACACAUCCACGCUGUGGUUCAGCAGCCUUUUGGAUUAUACGGCAUUGUGGUUCAUGUUGGAAAUUGCAGGUUUUAAAUGCCAUGUUCAUUAAGAAAUCCAGGGUAUUCUGAUUCUGGGGUUUUUCAUAUUGUAUUAUUAUUAUUCUUAGGAAUAGUUCAAUGUAACAAGAAGAAAACUUGACCUUUGCUCUGGUUAAACAGUUAUAGGCACUUGAAAACAAAAAAGAUAAAUUAUUGAAUGAGUAGUAUUACCUACAAAUUCCAGAAUUUUCUGGGCUUUAGGACGUUGUGAAGCAUGACUGAUUAACAGAAUUUUAUACAACUGUACCAGUGACAUUCCAAAUUGGAAUUGUUUUGUUACUCUGGUUGUUGUGCCAAAUUGUGGUACACUUAGAAAAUUCUACAGUCGUCAAUUUUUAGGGUGUUCUGUUUCAACACCUUUUUGUUAGUGAUCAUUGCCAGUAGUGCCUUCAUCAGGUAAGGGAGGUGUCCCGGCAUAGUUUAUUCUCUAAAAUGGACAGUGAAGAGCUAGUUGGGAAUGCUGAAGGCCAGUGUGGACCAAUAGGUGUGAGUGGGUGUACUACACCUUCACACCUGAACCUGGCGUCUUCACUGAGGGAAAGAAAACAGCAAUUGUGCAAAAUUCUGUUAGUCAGUGAUUCUUUGCAGAUCCUUGCAGAUCCAGGGGUUGAGAAACGAAAGUGAACACAAACCUUGAGUAUGCUUUGGGAACCAAAUGGACUUUAUGGGAGAAGCUAAGCAAGUGGUGUGAGUAACAUGCCACGUUUUUGAAGAGCCGCGGGCAGCCGGGAAGCCGGUGCCGUCGGCCUCAUGCAGGGGGUGAGGGCUAGCCAUAGUAUUCUUUGCAGAUGGAAGAGAAAGACGUUACAUAUUCUCUUGCUUGGUGUAACUAAUCACUGUUAAUUUCAGGAAACCGAACUCGCUCAAGCUCCUUGGCAAACCAGGUCUGUGGCCUGUCCAGUUUGCUGAGUGAAGUUGUGUGAAUGGUCAAAUUGGUACUCAAAUAGGAAGAAGAAAGUGUCCUUCCUCCUCCAAAAUAAAGGAAAAAUUAUAGUAAGUAGCAAGAAUAAGAGUUCUGUUUCCUGGAAUGAGCAUUUCUUAUUCCUAGUUGUAGGGACCCCUAUUUUUACCUUCUAUUACAGUGUUGAUUCAUAAGAAACAAUGUUACAUUUACGAUAACUUCAUCUGUAUGGGGUAUUUAUUUGCAAUGAUGUCUGAGUACUGUAUUUUUUUUUUCUGUGCAUUGCCUUAGUGUCAGAAUGUUGUCUUUAUUUUAAGAUCAUAUGCAUGUUCUCCUGCCAAGGAAUCUUUACACAGACCCAAACAAACAAAAAUGCCUUCAGAUUCUGAGAAAAUGAGGCAGAGCAUGGAAAAGGAAUAGGAAGGAGAAAUCAGUCGCGACUUGGAACAGACAUGGCGCAAAAGCCUGCAAAGCCAGUGCAUGUGGGAACAGUAGGCCUAGUGAAGGGUCACGUUGGUAGGACCAAUAAAUAAAGAAUGAUACAAAGACAAAGC